AUGUCCACCGCACGGAAGAGCAUCGCAGUAGCCAUCACUUUCUCACUGACAGUCACUGUGCUCUUACAAGUAGCUUUCGCUAUCACCGGGCCCUUAUCUUCCUUUAGGAUACUCCUGGAGGUCAAAGAACCAGCUUCAAACCACAACGGCGGUCAGCUGCUGUUUGGGGAUGACGGGUACCUCUACAUCUUCACCGGAGAUGGCGGGAUGGCCGGAGACCCCUUUGGGACAUUCGGAAAUGCCCAAAACAAGUCGGCGCUGCUGGGCAAGGUGCUGCGCAUCGACGUGGACCGUAAGGAGCGCGGCCUGCCCUAUGGCAUCCCGCCCGACAACCCGUUCGUGGGCGACCCCGCCGCGCAGCCCGAGGUCUAUGCCCUGGGCGUGCGCAACAUGUGGCGCUGCUCCUUCGACCGCGGCGACCCCGCUUCGGGCGCGGGUCGCGGGCGCCUCUUCUGCGGCGACGUGGGCCAGAACAAGUUCGAGGAGGUGGACCUGGUGGAGCGCGGCGGCAACUACGGCUGGCGCGCGCGCGAGGGGUUCGAGUGCUACGACCGCAGCCUGUGCGCCAACUCCUCCCUCAAUGACGUGCUGCCGAUUUUCGCCUACCCUCACACGAUUGGCAAGUCGGUCACAGGGGGCUACGUGUACCGGGGCUGCGAGUACCCCAAUCUGAACGGCCUCUACAUUUUUGGGGAUUUCAUGACCGGGUAA